ACCAGCUAGUGCUAGUCUGGUGCGCCUCCACCUCGUCGCCUCCGCCUUCUCGGCCUCGCCGCCCCGAGGCGGAACCCCCAUGGCCGCCGGCGUGCUGUCCACCGUCCGGUGGGCCACCGCGUGCGCGGCGCUGCUCAACGCCGCGGCAGCCUCCACGGGCGCCGCCGUCGCGGCCGUCUCGCUCCGGCGCUGUGGCGGGCUCGGCGCCGCCGCCGCCGCCGCGUCGGCUGCCUCGGCGGUGAGGCUCCUCGCCUCCGCGGCGGCGGGGUUCGCGCAAGGCGCCGCCGCCUCCGCCAUCGCUGCUGGUGCCAUCGGGGCCCACGUCGACAGCGAGCGCGACCUCCGCCAACUCUCCCGUCUACGGUACAAGAAAUGGCUUUGGUGGACACGGUUUGGAAUGGUCAUUACAAUGCUGCAAUUUGUGUUGGCAACUUAUUUGAUGUGCAUCAUCAUAAAGGAUGUCUUGGCCGUAGGUUCUUCAAGACAGUGCUUUUCAGGACACCAUCAGGACAACAGUGGCCGUAAUAACAUCUUGUUAAUAGUCUUUCUUGUCAGUAUGUGGGUGGCAACUAUAGUUCAAUGCGCUACAGGUUCUGAUGUACUAAGGUGGAGGUCAUUUUAUGCAUCCCAUGAUAUUGCGUGGAGAGCUCACUACCGGGAGGUGUUUGAUCAUGGAAUCCGUGAAGUCUUAUGCUGUCUAGGGCGGGUUAAGUAUUCGAGUGUGUUGGAAGAUGACGAUAUAUGUGUUGUGGCGAAGUUAUUGGGUGAUCUUAUGGCUUAUCGCGCAUCUGGAACUGGUCAUCUUGAGCUCGUAGCAGGACUUUCACUGCUGCAGAAAUCUAAGUGGUCCGCAGUUAUUUCAAAAGAACAAGUGGAGACUCCUCAAGAUCUCAUCCAAGAGGCUGUUCUCUUUCAUCCAUUUGCUGAAGCUGCCUAUACAGUUAUUCCUUUCAUCCUUGCUGGGUCUCAUUUUCAGUUCUCUCCAGGCAUAUUAAACAUAUUAUCCUUUCAGGGCCCACUGCUUGAUUUUGGAAGGAAUCCUAUUAUGUUUCCCUGUCUGUGGCUCAAUAGGCAAGGUAUUUUGACUCCAUGGACUCGUGCUAGGCGACCAAUCCUUGAAGGUGACAACUGGUGGAGAGGGCAUGCAGCUGCUUUCCUAAAAUAUGUCAAUGUGGCCCCAGAAGUCCUCCGAAAAGGUCGUGUUAGCCAGACGAAACGCGAGGCUGCCUAUUUUGUUGUUGUCCUGCAUGAUUUGAAAACAGUAGUCAUUUCCAUCCGUGGAACUGAGACACCAGAAGAUGUUAUAACUGAUGGCUUAUGUAAGGAAUGUGCCUUAACCAUGGAUGACUUGGAUGGGUUGAUCAAUUCUGAUCAGUUGUCCUCUCAAGUGAAGAAUGCUGUCCUAUCAUCUUUUCCACACUAUGGACAUGCAGGAAUUGUUGAAUCAGCUCGAGAGCUGUACACAGAACUUGAGGGACACCCAAUACAUCAAGAUAAGUCAGAUGCAGUGACAGCUGGAUUCUUAUCUUCUCUUCUUGGGGAUGGUUGCGAGUGCCAUGGAUACAACAUUGAAAUUGUUGGACAUUCUUUAGGAGGUUCUGUAGCUGCACUUCUUGGUAUCAGGCUAUAUGGACGCUUCCCAAAAUUACAUGUGUAUGCAUAUGGAGCCGCACCAUGUGUGGAUUAUGUGAUAGCCGACGCAUGCUCACAGUAUGUUACCAGCAUUGUCCACAAUGAUGAAUUUUCUGCACGAUUAUCCAUGAAUUCGGUAAUUAGAUUGCGUGGCUCGGCUAUAAGAGCUCUCACAAAGGAUACUUCGCCAAAUUCUGCUAAAGUUGAUAAACUAGUAGGUGGACUCAUGAGUAUCAGGACAUACAAUAAAAAUGCAAUAGAUCAUUGUGCUUCAGUUGGUGCUCUGCAGACAGUCAGUGAGGCUAAGCUAAGUAAUGAUCAAAUCCAUGGAAGGAAUCCAAUGCAUACAAUUAGAGGUGGUUUAUUUCUCUUUGUCCAAGCAAUAUCUUGCUUGAUAAAUACUCCAAAACAUCAAAUCAGCUCCACAGCAACAAUUAACUAUGAGUUGGACAGAUCUAGAAUGAUUGCUGUUAGUGAUGGAGGGAAAUGCAUGGUUGCUUCCCGUGAUUUUCUGGAUGCUUCGCACUGUGGAGAAGCUAAUAAUGCACACAGAGAUGGUCAGUUUCGAGAAGAUGACUUGUAUGAAUAUGAUAGGGGAUACAGGUCGCCUCACUCAAAUAAUGGUACUGGACUCACGCCCACAUCUAACGAGCACAUCAGUACUAUAAGCUCAUCCGAAGGACAAAUGCCAGAGGUUUAUCUCCCCGGCCUCGUAAUUCAUAUUGUUCCAGUACAGAAAGGUACUUCUCCGUUGCAGAAGACAGCUGUGACUCGUUACAAGAACAAGAGUUACAAAGCAUUUUUAGCUAAUCGGCGAGAUUUUAUGGACCUUGUUGUGACGCCACGCAUGUUCCUUGAUCAUCUCCCUUGGAGGUGUCACUAUGCCAUGCAAAGGGUUAUAGAGACACGGAAACUGAACCAGUUAACCCAUGAUUCAUUCGCUACAGAGGAUGUUGUGUAAAUUAUUCUGCCGCUUGCCUUAUUUCUUGUACAUACGUUCGGAAAUUAGGAUAUGGCCUGCUGCAUGUGCAGGUUUGGUUACUGGUUGCAUAUACAUUAUUGUCUGUAAGUAGAAGAAUCUAGGGCCGAAACAGGCCAUCUGUCCGUUCUGGUGAAGAAUACUUGAAUCUCAGCAUUAUUGUACACAGACUUGCACUGAGAUCAACCACCAUUGUAUUUCGUGAAACCAAUGUACCAAAUUAGAACCUGUAUCAUCAGUUUUUGCUUGAAGCGGUGUUGUAGCAUUGAUAUCUUGCACUCUCAUGUAACUAUCAAAAGUAAAAUAUGAACUGCCAGGCAAUAUAAUAUAUGUUUACUGAAUAAA